GAUUCGCCUUUCAGACUUUUCCACACCAACUGCACUUUAACUUUACACUGGUCUGCGAAGAGAAGCGAGCAUCCAAGCGAGCAUCCAAAAUGUCCGAGUUUCGCUUUUUCGCGUACACGGACUACGCCUACACGACAAAUCAAACGCAGAAUAUCCUCAAUCUGCCGAUCUCACCAUUUCACGCUUCCGCCCAAACAGAAGAUAAGCAGUCCGAUAUACCCUCCGGAGAGCUGAACAUUCCGUACACUGUCUUCGAAAUUCUGGUGGCCAUCGUGAGCGUCAUUGGGAAUCUCAUGGUCAUCAUUGUGUUCCGGCGGGAGCGCAAGCUACGUCGUCGCACCAACUACUAUAUCGUCUCGCUGGCCAUUGCCGAUUUUCUGGUGGGUUCUCUGGGUGUUCCGUUUGCAAUUCUGGCAUCGAUCGGACUGCCACACAAUUUGCACGCCUGCCUGUUCACAGUGUCGCUGCUGGUGGUCCUCUGCACCAUUUCCAUAUUCUGCCUCGUGGCCGUCUCCGUGGAUCGCUACUGGGCUAUUUUAUAUCCCAUGGCCUACUCGCGCAAUGUGCGGACAAGAACGGCCAUUAUCAUUAUUUCCUUGUGCUGGGUAGCUGGCACUAUUGUCGGCUUUUUGCCGCUCUUCGGCUGGCACGCCCACGCCGACCAUGGGAAAUGCCUAUUCGUCGAGGUCAUGGACUAUAAUUAUCUAGUGUUCCUGUAUUUUGCCACCAUUAUCACGCCCGCGAUACUCAUGCUGGCCUUCUACACGCACAUCUAUCGUGUCAUCAUCAAGCAGGUGCGCCAGAUAGUGACCAUGAAUCCUGCUUCGGACCUAAGUCGGCGAUCCUCUACCGCCCAGAUCCAAGUGACGACGACACCGGGUCGCGGUGGAACCAUGUUGCGUGUUUUGGGGGCAGCUCGCAAACGGGAUGUUAAGGCUACACAGAAUCUGUCUAUUAUAGUGCUCUUCUUUAUGAUCUGCUGGAUACCGCUAUACACGAUCAACUGCAUUAAGGCCUUCUGUCCCGAUUGCUAUGUGCAUCCUAAGCUGACGCUCUUCUGCAUUAUUCUGUCGCAUCUGAAUUCAGCUGUCAACCCAGUGCUCUAUGCCUAUCAUCUUAAGGAUUUCCGCGCCGCGCUCAAGAAUUUGCUGUUGAAGCUAAUGGGUGUGGAUAUUGAUCAGCAGGCCGAGGCCAACCAUCGCUUCUCACUGGCCAGCCAGCAUCGGCUGCAAUCCAUGGACUCAAAUGUGCGAUCCACUCAGCCGCGCAUCUAUGUAGGUAAGUACUCCCCUAUUUGGUUGCGUCAGCAACAGGAGGCGCUCAAGAGCUCACAGCUUCUGCCCAAGUGUGGCGUCGUCAAGCCCUGCUUUAACAACAUUAACCAGACAGUGGCGGCGGUGGCUUCUGUGACGACAGAUAUUGAGCGCGAGAUGUGGAACAUUGUGGAGGCCUCGAGUGGGGCAGAGCUGGGCGAGGUGAGCUACGAGUUUCCUAGUGGUAAGCAGGACAGCGAUGGGGACAGCAGUAGCAGUCAACAGCCGCCAGGGUCGCAGCGUGCGCCUCAGCAGGCACAUCAGGAGCGCCUGGACAGCGCCUACUCCUAUGACAACCAAAACUUUUCAAGCAGCGCCGAUGAUGAGAAUAUGGACGAUGAUGAUGACGAUGCUGUGGAGUUUGAGGAUGUCUUUGUGCCGCAGGGUGCCGUCGAUCCCGCCCAGCUGAGACGUUCACUGGCCUGUGUGAUGCGCAAUAAGUUGCGUAGCGACGAGACUGACUUCCAGGUGGCCAGUGAGAGUGCGCUCUACAGCUGCAGCGAGUCGCAGCGGGAGCUGCCGAAGCCCAGCUCCACGCACACCUCUCCCACAAACGGCAGAUUGCUGUUCACCGGCGGCUCGAACAGCGCCCACUGCCUGCCCAGCGCCUCCGUUGUCUACACCAUCGACUGCGAUACAAAUCCGCUAUCGCCGAUUCACAGACCGAAGUAUCGCAAGGCUACUACGCUCACGCGCAACUCGCGCAUGAAAAGCCGCUCCUGUUCCUGCAACAGCGAUGUCGCUCCUAGCGAUCCCACUGUGCAGAAGAACAACAACAACAACAUCAACAAUAAUCUCAGCGAUAGGCCAGAGUCGGGACAAACGCCGCCAGUGCCGUCGUCACAUCUUCACGAAAGCUUUUUCAGUCCACUAAAGUCGAUGGGUAGCUUCAUGCUGCCCAUUGGCAAACAUUCCAAUCUAUUUCAUUUAUUCCAAACCCAUUCGACAAGCUCGGAAAACUCAGUGCCAAGUGGAACAGGGACGCCCACGCUAUCAGCGACGCCUAUGCCUGCGCCGCUGGUAUCCAACGACACGUCGGCACCUGCACCAGCGCCAGCGCCAGCACCAACACCAGCACCAGCAACAUCCCUAAUCCCUGCCAGCUCUGAAAGUUGACCGGCGGACAUCGUCACGCUGCUUCCAAACGGAAACCUAUAGAAAAAUACUCGCGAAUUAAAAGCUUUCCAGCUAAGUGGUCGUUGUUGCUAACUCGCUCGCUCCUCUAAUACUAUUAAAAUAAGAGUUGUUUUAGAGAAUUGGUGUCAUUAAUUAUAGCAUUGAA